CGUUCAUCAAAGCCCCGCCCAUUUGUUUCUGUCCAGCAAAAAUGGCGGUGCCCAUGAAUAUUGGAGCACUGUUACAAUCAGAAAUAAUAGAAGACACCGUGGACAAAGAUGAGGGCGUUUGCGUAUUGGGCAUAUUUGGGAAAAGCGCAAUGCAACCGGGAUCAAUCAAAGACUCUCUCAUAAACACCUUAGCGGAUAAACACGUCUUCUCUCUCUUUGGGAGCGACGACACUGACAGCUCGAGCGGGGGAACAUCGAUUCAUGCGUAUUAUAAUCAAGAGAACCGCGUGCUGUAUCUCGUAUUAACGUCUGUUUUUGACAACCGCCAGCUUAUUCGCGCGUGCGAGUCAUUGACGGCGGGUUUGGGUCAUGCAGAAGCGCAUGAGUUUUGGAAAGCAGCAGAGAAGGAUCACUGUUUGCAGCUGCUGUAUCUCUUCUCGCUGUGCCAUAUUCUUCUGCUGGUUCAUCCCACAUGUUCGUUCGACGUCACUUACGAUAGAAUGUUUCGCGCAUUGGACGCGCUACGGCAGAAAGCGCUUCCACUGCUGCGCGCCGCGAUUAAAGAUUCGCCAGUGUCUAAAGAAUGGAAGUUAAACUGUCGGCCCUGCCCUCCACGUUUGCUAUUCGUGUUCCAGAUGAACGGAGCGCUCAGAGUGGCCUCCUCUGGCACUGGUGGGAAUGGGACUGAUGGCUCUGGAGGGGAUAAACCCAAAAAACACUCCCCAAGAAGGAGACUGCAGCAUGCUCUGGAAGAUCAGAUAUAUAGGAUAUUCCGGAAAAGUCGUGUAUUGACCAACCAGAGUAGUAAUUGUCUCUUUACAGUCCCUGCCAAUCAAGCUUUUGUUUAUGUAGUGCCAGGACCAGAUGAGGACCCCAUUGGCUCUCUUCUGGGACACCUACGGUCCAACUGUGUCCUUCGAGAAAGUGAAGGAGGCACGCCUGCGCCCAGGCAAAGGCGGUACCAACAGAUGAGGCAGUCCAAUAGACAACCCUCUUUCAAUGUAGAAAGUAGUCUUUCUUCAGGAGGGCAGUUGGUGGACUGCACUUUAAAAGAGUUCCUUUGGCAGCAUAUCGAACUCGUAUUGACCAAGAAAGGUUUUGAUGACAGUGUAGGUCGCAAUCCGCAGCCAUCACACUUCGAGUUGCCUACUUAUUCUGAAUGGGUGCAUGUUGCGCACAGACUUUAUCAGGUCAUGAUAGAGAACGCUGAGGAUGAUGCAGCCGAGAUCUCCCUCAAGGUGCAGGGUCAGCUCAAAGUGUUGGAGGGGUUCCUUGACGCAGAUGCAAAGUUCUCGGAAAACAGGUGUCAGAAAGCCUUGCCACUGGCUCACAGUGCGUACCAGUCAAACCUUCACCAUAAUUACACCACCACAGUGCACAAGAAUCAACUGGUGCAGGCACUGCGAGUGUACAGCCAGCAUGCGAGGGGAGUCGCCUUUCAAAGAUACGCCUUGCAGCUCCAUGAGGAUUGCUACAAGUUCUGGAGUAACGGGCAUCAGCUCUGUGAGGAGCGCAGCCUUACGGAUCAGCACUGCGUACAUAAGUUUCAUCUGCUGCCAAAGCCAGGAGAGAAGCCAGAAAUGGACCACAACCCACCUAUUCUAUACCACAAUAGUAGAGGCCGCUCUACAAGUUCCUGUAACUGUGGUAGGAAGCAGUCUCCAAGAGAAGAUCCAUUUGACAUCCAAGCUGCCAACUAUGACUUCUAUCAAAUGCUUGAGGAGAAAUGCUGUGGGAAGUUGGAGAGGAUCAAUUUCCCAGUGUUCCAAGCCAGCACACCUGACCCUGCUCCUGCUAGUGAUGAGGUGCCCAGACCUGGAGAGGUACCUCCAUCAGGAGAAGCUGAUCGUCUAAAGGAGAAAGAGACUAGCACUCAUACACCUGGUGAUAGCACAAGUCUGAGUCUAGCUCUUAGCUUGGGCCAGUCAACUGAUAGCCUUGGAACAUAUGGGGAUGGAGCAGAAGGACAAGAGAAGAGGCCAAGCUUGGUGGACAGACAGCCCUCCACAGUGGAGUAUCUUCCCGGCAUGCUUCAUUCUGGAUGCCCGAAGGGACUGUUGCCCAAGUUCUCGAGUUGGUCUCUUGUUAAACUUGGUCCAGCUAAGGCCUACAACAGCCUCACUGGUUUAGAGCAACCUGGAUUCCUCCCAGGCUCCGCUUUCCUCUUGCCCUGGGAUGUUGUCAUUCGGAGCCGAUCCGAGGAAGAUGUAGGAUCGCUUGAGCCUCUGGAUGGAGGCCCAGCCUCCUGGCCAGCUCCGAAUAAAGCAUCUGCUGGAAAGCGAGGCAGCGCUGGAGGAAUCGGACGAGGGCGCAGACGAGAUGAUGUAGCUCGUGCUUUCGUUGGUUUCGAGUAUGAAGACAGCAGAGGGCGCCGCUUCCUUAGUUCUGGCCCUGAUAAAGUAGUCAAAGUGCUUGGGCAAGGUGGACCAAAGGAACCUGCAACCAGAUGCUUGAAUUCUGAUAUGCCUUUAUACAUUCCCUCUCCAGCUCAAGGACGAGGGAUAAAGCCACACUACGCUCAACUGGCUCGUCUUUUCAUCGUCGUCCCUGAUGCUCCUCUUGAGAUUGUCCUAAACCCACAGGUCCAGUCAGGUCCCCCUCCCUGUCCUAUCUUCCAUCUGGAGCAGCCUGAGGUUGCGCUGCCCUCUGAUGGACUCUGGGUGUUACGCUUCCCUUAUGCCUACGUUACAGACCGUGGACCAUGCUACCCUCCGAAGGAGAACCAGCCAUUGGCAAACUUCAGGGUGCUGAGAGGCAUUCUGCGUGCCAACACGACUAGUUCAACUCCACAGUAACAAAAAACACUCUGCACUUAAAAGCACUGUUGGGAUAUCUGUAAUAUCUGUAGGACAUGGACAUUUGGUGUCUCCAUGCUUCUUUUCAUUUUCUGUGCCGGUUCUUUUAUUAACCAAAUUCUAGAAAUAAUUGUGGCUGUAAAUACAAGCAAUCAAAUUAAGGAAUGUUGUGUUUACAGUAAAUAAAUACCUGCAGUGAGAAAAAAAAAAACAGACAGUGAACAAUGUCAUUAUAAAACUAUAAUAUUAUUUUAAACUGAAUUUACUUUUUAAAUGUGUAUGCAAAUAGUGUACACUCUGGAUUUUCUGUUUGUUGUGGACGUUUGAGGUUGAUGUUAUGAAUUAUUUUUACCUGAGUAAAUAAAAUGAGAUCUUAUAAAACACUUGUUCCUUAGAAAGAAUGUUAAAAUAUCAAUCUGUUAUGGUUGUGGUUUUACAGUAGAUAUCAGUCUAUUAAGGUUUGUUAUGGUUUUUACAUAAAAAAGCAAGUAAAAACACGGCACAGAGAGGCGCUAUUUAGUUAUGUGAUCUGUCUAACGUAAUUACGAUUUGGUAUAUCAAAGACAUUCUCAAGUGAGAAAAUACAACGUGACAACUGUAAUAUCUUAUAAAUACUUAAUAUUUCAUGAGUUUAAAGUUAUUUAAGACGUACUUUCGCUUUUAGUUUUUAUUACUUAUCCAGCUGACACAUC